AUGGUUGCCCCGGAACUCCGGUUGUCAGACGAAGAGAUUGUCCAAUGUUUGGGCUUUGAGCUUAGUCAAAAGUACAAACCAGCAACGGAUCUGAUGGAAUUACGACAUCUUACAGCAAACUUCUUACUCUUCCCUUGGAGGGUACCUGGUGUUUCCUUUGCGUAUAUUGAUGAUGAAGAUCGGUGGGUGCGCAACCACAGAUUGCUAGGCGACCGCGCCGGUCUGUACAUUUCCCCUGACGGUAUCAUGACUAACGACGUGUCCAUGCAGUUACCUUUCCUCAUCAGGCGUAACGGCCACGUUCUCAGGUCCGACGGCAUGAAGAUAGAAAAGGCUGGCCACGAUGUUUUGGCUAACGAUUGGUUAGUUGAUGAAAAUGGAGACGCAGGAGGUGAAUCUAAUUGGAGGCGAAUCUAA